AUGCCGUCGCUGAUUGCGAAAAAUGGAGCGCUCCUCUUUGCGCUGAUAGGACUUCCAUAUUGCCAGGCAUUCAUCACUAUAUGUCCAACCUCCACAUGCAAGCAGACACUCCUACGCGGAACGCUUCCAAGUGAAGAAAUCCUUGCAGAUAAGCCCGAAGCUGACAAUGAAUAUUCGUCGCAAAAGAGUCGUCGGGAAAUGUUGGCCUCCGCAGCAUCUUCCUUGGCUUACUUUCCAGUAUAUUCAUCCCUGGAAGCUAAUGCUAUAGAAAAGAAGGAAGCUGUCUUCUUCAAUUCCUUGUCGGAUCUUCCUCCUUUAGCUGACGACAAUGUACGUAUUUUUCUUUGUCGACAUGGCCAAACGGAAAACAAUCGCCUCAAGCUAAUUCAAGGAUCACGACUUGAUCCUUCCAUAAACGAAACAGGGCAAGAACAGGCUCGGAGACUGGGGAAAGCACUAUCUUUUGCGCUUCCGGUUGUCCCUACGAUCGUUUUUCAUUCGCCCUUGAUUCGCGCCCGCCAAACGGCCCAAAUCGCGGCUUUGCAGUUUUCCAGCAAUCCAUCCGUCUCGUCGCCGACCCUCCGUCAAUUAGACAGCUUGAACGAAAUCGAUUUUGGAAGCGCUGCUGAAGGCGAAUCAGUCGAGCCUUACCGGGCGAAGAUGAUGGCUACCUAUGCUGGCUGGUCCGUAGGAGAGCUAGACCUCAGCAUGGGGGAAGGCGGCGAAACGGGAGGGGAGGUACUGGCACGAAUCGAAAAAUCGUUACAGGACCUCGCCAAGAGUGCGUCCAACGCUUCAAAUCGAUGUGUUGCAGCCAUAGCGCAUUCAACCUUCCUCAAAAUACUGUUGGCCACGGCCCAAAAUAUUCCUUUGGCGCAAGUAGCGAUGUUGGAACAAAAAAACUGUUGCGUCAAUGUGCUCGAUUUAAGCACCAAGCAAGCCAUAAACCUGGCAUCUAGGAGCGAGUUACUAGGAGGCCCCCUCUCGCUAGCACCAUUGGAGUUUACGUUGUCGAUCCCCAAGACAGCCGUAAUCCGGAUGAACGAAAAGCGACACCUUGGCGUCGCCGCUUUCCAAACGACAGUCUCCAAUUCUGCGACUCGACGAUUCCAUUCGGCCGGAUUACGGACGACCCAUGAGGAGAGCGACAUAGAUUCACGUAGGGACUUCCUGCUACAGACGGUUUCACUACUAUCGGGUGGCGUUGCGUUGUCAGGUUCUCCAGACAGUGCCACAGCUGUCGUUGGCGCGUUACCUGAGUUUGCCGAUUCCAAUGCAAUCUUGCAGGGUGUUACUAUAAAAGUAGCCGAUCAGUCGCAGCAGGAGGCCAUGGUUUUAUUUUUGAAAGACUCUUUUGAUUUCGAAGUUUUACGACGGCGUGUUCAAGGAUCAAUCGAAGAAACAUGGUUAGGCUACGGUCCUGAACAGCUGCGAAUACCAGACGACUUCACCCUUCCAGUGUCGUCCUUCAACACUUACGGAGGCCAUGCUUCCGUUCGUCUCGUAUAUGACGCCAAGGCGACGGUUCCCUUGUAUCGGACGGGAGAGAAAGCGCCAGGCGAAAAUUUUGCUUUUCUGCAAGUUGCUGUUCCAGGCUACCGAAUUUCGCAAAUGGUUAAGCACGGUGGCAACAUCAUUGACGCUUACGGUUUUGUCAACGUGGUUUCACCAUCGGGACUACCAAUGCGAGGGAUUGUAGGGAUCACCCCGGACCCAAUAAUGUUUGUGGCAAUCAAUUGCAUAGACGUUAAGGCCAGUCAGGCCUUCUACGAAAAGCUGGGAUUCCAAAAGCAAGAGUAUCCGUAUGCACGACCCUCGAAGGGAACGGGACCGUUUGAGCCAGCACAACCAUCAAAAUCGGUUUACAUGGCGCCUUCCGCUAACUGUAUGGGAUUACUCCUGCUCCCGUCGAAGAAAAAACGUCUUCAAGCCAACCCUGUUGUGCAGUCUUUGAAUCUCGUAUACACGCCAUCGGAAGAAUCCGAUUCUGCUGAUACCAUGCCGACACUAUUUGAUCCUUCGGGUAUUGCCGUUUCUUUCCAAUCUGUUCCUCAGUUUGAGCUAGAAGAAAAAGAAACUAGAAUAGUGAAUAGAAUUCUCAUCUGUGUCGCCGCCUUAUCAAACGUUGCUUCCUUUCUUCCGGCUUCGCUCCCGAGGAGUCAAACAAAAAGCAAAGUAAAGCAACAUUUGGUACCAGUGGAUGCUUUCAGCUCUUCGCUGGUAACCUCUGUGGUGGAAUAUUUUGAUGGUAGUACAAUUGUAGACCCUACCAUCGUUUCCGAUGUGUAUUGGCAAUCACUAGGUAGCAGAAUUGUUUCCGUGGUCAUUGCACAGGUUCUAGUUAUCGCCACUUUUGCCGUUGUUUCUUGGGUUGCUUCGAAGCAAAUUGGUAACACUAUAAAUUUCAUUGCCCUCAAGAUUUUUGGACAAGACAGACGAACGGAGGCAAAGAAUAUCGAUGGAGCUUCCGGCCAGCGGCUCAAAGUACCACCAAACUUAUCGAAUGUGCCACCUCGUAGUCCCGACUUUGGCAAGCUUUUUGUUUGCGUGAUAAUUGACAUUGUUGGGUCGUCUUCGGAGCUGCUUCCCAUCAUCGGAGAAUUGUCGGAUGUUGUGUACGCACCGAUUGCGGCACUCUUGUUACGCAAAUUAUACAACAGUAACGUUAUCUUUGCGUUGGAAUUUGUGGAGGAAAUUUUGCCCUUUACUGAUAUUUUGCCCCUCGCCACGAUUUGUUGGACUGUCGAUACCUUUGCACCCGAUUCGGAUGUUGCCAAGUUUUUGAAUGUUGGCAAUUACGGGAAUUCUCAGGCUCGUGCUAGCACUUCCUUUGAUGAUGGGAUGGACGCAAUUGACGUAAAUGGAGAAGUGAAAUCUCCGGCAAAAAAAGCUUCUACAACGAUAGCGAGUAGAGACGACGGGCAACUAAGGUGA